AUGUCCUGCGCCCAGGUUCACCUCGACAGCGAUCCUCUGCAAGCAGACCGCCAAUUGCAGCAGGCCGUCCACUCAACCUACCAGCGCUCCGACAGCAAGCACCACUCGCACUCGCGCAAACACUCGCGUACCUCCACCGUGGAGGACUCGGACUGGCCCUCGGACGAAUCCGGCCGCUUCGACGACGCAGAGGAAGUAGACAAUAUCUAUCCGCAACCCACCGGCUCGCCGGACACGCACUCCGCCAAGCGCGGCCGCUCCAACGACUGGCCCCUGCAGCCCGGCGAAGAGCCCUCGUCGGCGUCGCAGAAAGAACAACAUGGGAGCAGCCACCGCUGGCCGUUCAAGAACCUGAGCCACGGCUCGCCCCGGCGCCAUGCGCGGCAGGCCGGUGGCAGCACGGCCACUCGCGGCCGCCGCUCCCGAUUCGUGGAAGCGCACAUGAACGACAGCGUCAGCGAGAGGCCGCCGAGUAUCUUCCUGCGCGAGGACGCGGGGCCGGCGGGCGCGAACGGCGCCGGCCAGCGCCAAUCGGGCAUCUUCCGGUUCGGGAAGGCGAUCGCGUCGGCGUUCAAUCCGUUCGGCGUGUGGGGUAAUGUCUCUGAGAUCUGGCGGAACUCGCCCGCAGAGCAGCGGCCGGAGCUGGAUGCGCGCGCCCAGGCGGAGAAGGCGUAUGCGGAACUCAAGAAGGCCGGUUACAGGGGGGCGGUCAAGGGGAGCUAUCUGCAGAGCGUGCAGGGGAGCGGGUAUGCUGGUGAUCCCCUGCACCGAGCGAGCCAGGAGCAGUGGGAUGGGACCAAGACGGUGGGCCGUCAUUCGAGGCAGAGCUCGGGAGACGGGUACGUGUCGGGAAGCUCGAUCCGCACAUCGUUCCAGGAGCUCCGCAAGGCCAAAUCGUCGUUGGGGAUGUCGUACAUCAAGCGCGGAUCGGAGGACUCGGAGCAACGCGAGGUGCGCAAAUCCAAGUCCCGCAAGGAACUGCAGCGGCAGGCCAAGUUGCGCAAGCGGGUCAGCGACCUCGAGGGGAAACUGGAACGCGCGCGACGGGAGCUGCGGGAGUUGACUGGCGAGGAGGAGGAGGAACCGGUAAGAACCCUUUGCCAGGAGAAACCCUACCAGCGCAAGUUUGUGCCCGGUGCCCUUCCCUCGCUGCCGUCGGAGCGAUUCUACGAGAAUGAUACAGCUGCAGCGCCUGAUACAGAUACAAAUACAGCCGAGCCAGGACCACUGGCCGUGAUGUCGGGGAAUGUCCAACGCGGGGAAAACCGGGGACAUCCAUCGCACGGCGACCAUUUGAUGAAGGCUUCUGCUCGAAGUACCCCGAAGAAGGCGUCUUCGGCUUCUUACCCAGAGAGUCCUUCGCGUAAGAGAAAAUCGCCAGAGCACAAGUCAGUCCGCGACAAGGCGCCCCAGGACCAAGCGCACGCCCCGGGAAAGGAGAAUCCAGACGAACGGCUCGCCCAUGCAGAAGAGCCCAACACCCCGCGGAAAGCGACGAAGAUGGGUAAGAGCGACAGCCCGGGGUCCGUCGAACGGAAACGAUCCCAGUCCGAAGAGAGACCACUCAGAGAUCACUAUCAAUACUCCCCCCGCCGACGCUCAAACACCCGCUCCCCCUCGACUCGAAGACGCUCGACCUCGCGCAGCCGGACAACACCAUGUCUCCGGAUGAAAAAGGGACGUUCCGACCUCCGCUCCGCGAGCACCAGCCACAUCAGCGAUCACGACAUGCACGGCACCACCCCAAAUGACAUAUCCCAACCCCCAUUAUACCCGUUCAUGCAGCAGCUCCUGGACGUCGACCCGGAUGCGCUAGAUGCGAGCAUCGCCGCGCCCACGCCAACCUCCACCCCGAGCCGAGAUUAUCACCCGGAGCCGGUCCCGCCGGUGCCUCCGCUGCCGAAGAACCUGGCCGCGACGGCGGCCAAGGUGGAUCGCCGGCUCGCCAGGGAGAUCUGGAAGCUGAGGACCGCACACAUGGCCAGCUCGGACUGGCCUCAGCCCUCGGAGGAGGACUUUCGAUGGCCGGAGGGCUUCUUCUGA